UGUCUGAACUUUCUGUCUCUCUGUUUGUCUAUCUUUCUGUCUUUUGCCUGUCUGCACUGUCUUUCUGUCUGUCUGCACUGUCUAUGUCUGUCUCCGUUGUCUAUGUGUGUGUCUGUCUGUCAUCUUUCUGUCUGUCUUCACUGUCUGUGUCUGUCUAUCUUUCUGUCUUUUGCCUGUCUGCACUUUCUGUCUGUCUAUCUUUUGUCUGUCUGUCUAUCUUUUUGCCUUUUGUCUGUCUGCACUGUCCAUGUGUCUUUCUAUCUUUCUGUCUGUCUGCAUAUAUAUCUGUCUAUUUGUUUCCACUGUCUGUUUGUCUGUCUGUCUAUCUAUCUCUUUAUCAUUCUGUCUAUCUGCACUGUCUAUGCGUCUGUCUGUCUGUCCGUUUGUCGAUCUAUCUAUGUCUAUUGUGGCAAGCAGGGCCGUGAUGACGCACAUCCUGCCCUUAAUCAGGCUAAUCGAGCCCAUGAGAGGAAUGGAGGCAGUUCGGGAGAUAGAGAGAGCUACCGACAGCUGUCCUAUAUGUGAGCCUGUUCAAGAGUGGGGUGAGGAGCACGAAGAUGGGGUGGUUUUUGGGAUCACCCUGCGUAGAGAGCCCGUUCAACAGUCGGCCGAGCCCACAGAGGCUUUCGUACAGUACCGAACAUGUAAGGUACGCAGGAUAAAAGCGGCCACACUGGAGAAGCUGGUGUCUCACCUACUGGACCCCUGCUGUCAAGAGCAACACUACAGCAGAAUCCUGCUGUCUACGUAUCAUACUUUCACAAGCUCCAACACGCUCAUCGAAAUGCUCUUCCAAAGUGACAAUCUUGCCUCUGUACUUGACAGCAACAAUUAUCAUAAAAGCUCUUUGUGGACUUUGCUUCAGACCUGGUUGGAAGAUUACAGUGAAGAUUUCAGAGAUCCUCCCAUGCAUUCUUCACUACGUCUCAUGUGUUUACAGCUGAGAGGACAUUCCUCUCUCUUCACACUGGCUAAACGCUACGAAGCUCUCCUUAAGAAAUUCCAGACUGAAGAUAAUCUGGCAAGUCAGUCGGUCAAUAAAAUGGAAGAACGUGACGGGGAUCAAGAGGGGAAGAACUUUGAAUUGGAUUUCACUGACUUCUCCAUCACAGGUGUUGCCGAACAGCUCACCCGAAUGGAUGCUGAACUAUUUAUGAAGGUGGUUCCCUUCCAAUGUCUGGGCUGUGUUUGGUCUCAACGAGACAAAAAGGAGAACCUCUCACCCACUAUUUGGGCCACCAUCACACAGUUCAAUACGAUCACCAACCGGGUCAUCACCUCUCUGCUUUGCCCCUCGUCCGACCUAGUCCAGCCCCACUGCCCCACCUCAACAACCACGCAAAGAGCCAGAGUCAUUGAAAAAUGGAUUCGAGUUGCACAGGGCUGCAGAGAGCUAAAGAACUUCUCCUCUCUCAGGGCUAUUUUAUCGGCCCUUCAAUCCAACCCCAUCUACAGAUUAAAGAAGACCUGGGCGGCUGUGAGCAGAGAGGCGAUGUCUGUCUUUGAAAACCUGUAUGAAACAUUUCCAGAUGAGAACUGUGUUCUGACCAGCACAGACAUCUUUGUGGAUAGCUCUCCUGGUGGGACAGUUCCAUACUUGGGGACAUACCUAACAGUGCUGACCAUGCUGGACACUGCCUUACCCAACACUGUGGAGGGUGGCCUCAUUCAUUUUGAAAAGAGGAGAAGGGAGUAUGAGAUUUUAAGGCAGAUUUGUCAGCUGCAGUCUUCAUGCUCUCAGUAUGUCUUACCUCAUCAUCCUCACAUUGCUGUCUGGCUGCACAACCAGAAACUGCUCUCAGAUCAGGAGAGCUAUGAACUUUCCAGACAGCUGGAGACUCCUCACGCCACUACUCCAUCAUCCAACAGCGGCUGGAGUCAACGAACUCUCACCAAAAAACUCUCCUCGCUGUUGUCGGGGAACGAGGGUUCCAGAAAGAACGCAGAUCAGAUCAGUGUGUCCUCCUCUGGAUCCAGCAGCUCUGAGAUGGAGGAAAUAUCUGCUUCUCUAUCACUGUCUCUUAUAACACCGUCCUUGUCCAGCUCUGGGCAGAACACGGCUGUAGCUUUUCCCUUCUCUUCUUCUCCCGACGACUCUACCGUGUCUAGUUCUUCUUCCAGUUCGCAGCAGAACCUCAGCAUGAGUCCAUCUUCCUCCUCAACAUCAGCUGACCCUCACCUGGUUUCCACCCAUAGACGGUCCGUCUCUAUGAUCACCCUGCCCUUCUACAACAGACAGGUGGACGACUCCUGCAUCAUCAGGGUCAGUAUGGAGAUCUGCAGCAAUGGCAACAUGUACAAGAGCAUCCUGUUAACCAGUCAGGAUAAAACAGCCCACGUGAUCCAGAGAGCUCUGCAAAAACAUAACCUGGAGGAUGUCAGUGGGCAGGAUUUCAGCCUCAUACAAGUUCUGGCCCAGGGCAGAGAGUUACAUAUUCCAGAGAAGGCCAACGUCUUUUACGCCAUGUCUACAUCAGCCAACUAUGACUUUGUUCUACGCCGAUGCCUAAAAGGCCAACGGAAACAACUCAUACGCUCUGUUUCACUUUCAUCAGGACGAGCCACAAAAUAACAGUGCCAGCGUUGAUUCAUGAGGAAUUAUACAAUCUACAUAAACAUUUUUUUCAUGGAAAACAGUUGUUGAAAACUGAAAUUGAAAUGAAACUUUUUAAGAUAAUCUAACUUCUCUGAGAAGUGUUGACAGCCAAAUAAGUCUCUUAGUUGGGAAAGCAAAUGUCACAGGUUCAACUGAUAACACUGAGACGUUGCUUCAGAUGAACUGUCGACUGCCUAAUAACUAGAAAACUGAUACUGGGCCUUCUUGAAUUUCGUACAUUCAGUGCAGUGGGGUGAAUACAGUAUAAUGGGUUGAAACAAUGUUUUUCAAUCCCCUUAAGCAUUCUCUCUCUCUGCGCUAUCAUCAAGAGACAAUACAAGGUAAUGUCAGAUAUGAAAACCCCACAACUUUAAAUAGAAACACUACACACCUACAGGCAUGGGAUGAGACUUUUAAUGGAACACAGAUACAUGAUCAGUUCAUGGUGUUCCUUCUAAUUGUACCACGAUGCAAGUCUGUUGGUGUGUGUGUGUGUGUGUGUGUGUGUGUGUGUGUGUGUGUGUGUGUGUGUGUGUGUGUGUGUGUGUGUGUGUGUGUGUGUGUGUGUGUGUGUGUGUGUGUGUGUGUGUGUGUGUGUGAGAGAGAGACAGAGAGAGAGACAGACAGAGGCUGCUCCAACAGGUAAAGUGCCAUUCCAAAGACAUUUUUCACAUUGUUGGUCCAUUACUGGUCCACUGUCAUGUGUGAUGUCAUUUAAAAGUAAUUUGAUGAAAUCAGUUCAUAAAAAUAACUGCAGUUCUGCUGGGUUAUGACGUGAGUGUUUCUGUACAUUUGAUGGAUAUUUUCACACCAUUUGCCCUAAUACCCUCCUUCAUCCAAAUCAACUACAGUAAACUGACACUCAACUAAUCUGUGUUUUGAAAGACUGUUAUCUAAUAUACUGUAUUUAAAUGUAGAUAUUUUAGUACUACAGUGUUAUUUAGUUUACAUUGUAAAUGUAUCUACAUAUAGAGCAUUAAUAUAAAAUACAAGAUGAUACGAGUAUGUUAACUCUAAACUUUAACGUUGUUUUUUUUCCACUCAGUGUACUCUGAAGCCUUCAACAUUUCACGGAUGUACCUAGAGCAUUUUGUUUGAAAAGCAAUGCAUUUACAUGAUUACCAUACAGUCAGUUCUCCGUUGUUGUCUUUCCUUUCUCAAUGUAAAUCUGAAAUGAAAGCAGGUAAAUGAAUUUAGGAUUCAGUAGACACAAGAAGUUAGUUCCAGGCUAGAGAUUGGCUGUUUGGCACAAGCAUUUUCCUCUGGAAAAGAUUAACUAAUGUGCAAUAUUGAUCCAGAAGCAAAUGCUUCAAACAUCUGGGUUUCCUAGACAGUUCACCUCACACAUAUUCACUGGUUCUGAUUCUGCUAUGCUUUGGUUCUGAGUUGAAUCAAAGUCUGUGGGUUUGAAACUGUAUGUCACUCUGUUGGCAAAACAUUCCAGUAACUUCCUAUUCCUAGACUGCCCCCUAGUUUCCACAUCUCAAACCAGCUUCUUUUGCCAGUGAAGACUUGCAGGUUUUUGCUAGAAUAGCCAUAAAGAACUGGACUGUUAUACAUUUUUGGGUGAACUAUCGCUUUAAAAACACUGUUCUCUGUCAAGCACAUACCAGGAUGCUCUUCUACAUGAAGUUAUAAAGUAUUUAAUAGUCAGGUAUUUGACUUUUUAAAUACAAAAGGAACAUGGUUGACUGAAUUAUAUGUAGCUAAUUUAUAACGUUUAACAUUUUUUUUUCUUUCUGUUUUCUUUUCAUUAGAAAAGGGUUAGGGUUAGGUUAAGGUUAGGGAGCCCUUAUUUAUUGCUAAUUAGAAAUAUUUAUCAGACAAAAUUUGUAUAUAUUGUAAAGCUAGUAGUGUCAAAUUUUACAAGUAACAAAACACCAGAGUGAAGUCAUGAUGGUCAUGUCUAGAAGAUAGCAGAUAGCAUGCGUACGUCUCUGAGAUGUCUGUUUUAGAUAGAUUCGUCUGGAAAACAUCACACUAUAAGUAACAUCUGCUAAACAUCUUUAAAAAAAUCAGAUUUACAAACAUUUUAAAUCAUAAACAUCUCAAAGACAUCUGCUGAAUGCAUUGGCAUAGCCAAGGACCUCUGACUUCAAAUUUAUAUUUAUAAAAAAGUUUAGAAAGGCUUAUAUUUUGAUUUCUGAAAGAACUGUUUGAAUGUGCCACUUCUCUUUUGUUUAGAAAAAUAAUAAAAUUGGGUGAAAACUUGGCCCAUCCAUUUUUAAUGAGGCCCACACAAUAGCACAGUACUGUGCAAAAGUCUUAGGCACAUGAGAUGUUUCACAAAAGCGUUUGUCUUAAGAUGGUUAUUUAUAUCUUCAGCUUUAGUGUGUCAAUAGGAAAUAUACAAUUUAGACUCCUAAACAUUACUUUUGCAAAUAGAAAAGAUUAUAAUAGAAGAACAGGGAGUCCUGCAACAGAUGUCAUGUUCUCCACAGACCCCCACUGAAUAUUGAGUCAGUAUGAGAUUACAUAAAGAGACAGAAGUAAUUGAGACAGCCGAAAUAUACUGAAAAACUGUGGCAAAUUCUCCAAGAAGCUUCAACAUCCUGUCUGCCAACAACCAAGAGAAACUGUGUCCAGGUUUAAGUAGGAGAAUUGGUGCUGUUUUAAAGGCAAAGGUGGUCACACCGAAUAUUGAUUUCGCUUUAACUAGACUUUGCAAGACAUUUAUUGAUAAAUGAAAACUAGGCUAUUUAGGCCUAUGGCAUUAUUUUUGAAGACAUUCUCACUUAUGCAACAUUUUCCCCAAGUGCCUAAAACUAAGAGCCAAGAGUUGUUGAGGGUGGGAUGGGGGUGGUGUUGGGGUCGCUGUCCUUUUCUGCUUAUCACGGCGGCUUAUUUUAGAUUAUCGCGGCCCAUUCGGGCCGUUUCGCGGCCGAUCCAAUGGACCCCUCGGUUCUCCCGAUUGCCAUUCCUCCCCUGACCAAAGUGUGUCCGCCCACCGGGAAAAUGCCUGGUAUGCCUGAUUACCAGUCCAGCCCUGCCCUAAAUUUUAUGUUAAUCCUACCACUAAAUCUAAAACUAACCUUAGUAAUGGUGAAUGAGUCUCUCAUAAGACUUAGGCUGCCAGGGUGUUUACCUUAUGUUAGGGUUAAGUUUAGGUGUAGGGUUUCUGUAGGACUCCUAAUAAACACAAUAAACCAGUCCCUGCAUACAUAAUUGCGUACUGUCACAAUACUGUAUAUUGAUGAAGGAUGCACUUCUAGGCAGUUAAAACAGUUUGUUGUUUUAGGUAUGCAUUCGAGUAGUAUGAAUAGAUAUCGGACAUUCUUCAUCCGGGGAAGUGGGUAUUGACCCGUGACCUGAAUAUAUGACAUAGGCCUAAUAACAACAACAACUGCAAAAAAAAAAAAGAAAAGAAAAGUAUACUUUGGUUUUGUUAAACAAGCACCAUUUAAGCAGCAGGAACAACUUUCUUGGUGUAUAUAUAUCACUUACUACCGUCCUACUCGCCGCCAUUCUUUUAAAUCCGGCAUUUUGACUGUGACAUACUCAGCUCCCAAGGGAUUAUAGGAUCGUAAAGUGUCAAAUUGUGCAUCCGAAAACUGGAUAAUGCUGCCUCCGGAGGCUGUAUAGGCCUACAGUGCUUUUCAAACUGUUCUGAGACCAUUUUCUUGAGAUUUCCAUUAAUUUAAAAUCGCUGAUGGUUAAGCCAUUAACUAAUAAGGCAGCCGUUUUGGAUGCAGCCGCACACUUCAGAUCUCUAAAUACAGGUGAAACUCGAAAA